AUGAUAAAUUAAUUUUAAGUUCAUAAAAUGAUAGUGCGUACACCAAUGGAUAUUUAGAAUAUGUAAUUGUCAAAUACUUAACAAAAUAAAAAUAAUAUUUAAGCAACUAAUAAAAUUGAUAAAGCAAUAUAAGAAUGUAUAGACAGAUCAUCUCUUCAAAUUGAUGUUUUAGAAUAAAUAAGAGCAAGAUCAAAGGAUAGAAAAAGCAGUUAAAAAAAUACUACUAGUAGAACAACUAGAAGAUAUGAAGAGUAAAAUUAGAAUUAGUUGAUUUAAAAUGAAUUAACUAAACUAAUUAAAUUAGAUUUUUAAUAAGAAGGUUAAGAAAAUAUAUUUAGAAAUGAAUAAUUAUAAAGAAAAUAAAGUGUAUUUUAAAUUAGAUAAAAGGAUCUUGAUUAAAUGUUUGAAGAAACAAUUACAAAAAGCAGAUAAAUUACUUAAAAAUUUAAUUUUAUUAGAUGA